AUGGAGGGAGGCAGCAGCGCAAGUGAGGAGGGAGGGCAUGUGCGCAAGAAGGAUCCCAACAUUAUUGUGAUGCUCCGACACCAGAUAGCCGGGCGGGAGCAGAGCCUGCGGGAGAUGAGGCUGGUGCAGCAGAGGAAGAAGCAGGAGCUGGCGGAGGUGGAGCGAGACAUAUCUCUGCAAGAGAAGCAGAUACAUGAGCUGCAGCAGUACCUGGAUGCGCUGGUCAGUGGAAAGCCUGACCAAGGCAAACCUGGGAAGGAGGAGGAGGAGAUAUCCGUGGAGAUCAAGGAGGUCGGGGACGAGUUCGACGAGAUCUUGAAGAUGCUGGAGGACACUGAGAGUGAGAAGGAGGAGGAGGAGGAGGGGCACGAGCAAGGGGAGUCCAUCGACGAUGCCAAACUGCUGGACAUCGAGACCAAGGCGUCGUCCUCGGCGAAGAAGAAAACCUACGACAUCACCAAGGCUCCCUUCAACUUCGCUGUCGAGAUUGAGGUCGGCAACCUCGUCCACAGCGGCUUCCUGCACAUUGCAGGGGACCUCGACGACUUCUUUGACUUCGUCCGGCGCUCGGCGCUGGGGGGCACCAGCCAAGAGGGCGGGGGCUCGCAGCAAGAUGACCUGGCGAACAGGCUCUACUUCGUCGGCGGGACGUCGAUGCCAAGGAAGGUGGACAAGAGUGAGGUCUUCGAGGAGAUCAAGCAGCAGCACCUUCAGUCUGAGUCCUGGAUCUCCCUGGGAGCUCUCCGCCUCGUCCUCCUCGAAGUCGGGCAGGAUGUGGCGUCCAUCGUCAAGAUCCCGCCGCACAAGGGAUGCCCCGAUCCGAUGCCCUGGAAGCAAGGGAAGGUGCUGGGGAAGGGAGCCUUCGGGUCUGUUCACAUGGCGAUGAAGGGAGACGGGGAGCUGAUAGCGGUCAAGCGCAUGCACAUCGAAGCAGCCGACAGCUCUCUCUUCGCCGCCUUCGAGACCGAGCGGGAGCUGCUGCAGCAGCUGGAUCAUCCCAACAUCGUCCGCUACAUCUCCUCCCAAGUCGUGACCUCCUCCCUCGCCGUCAUCUGGAUGGAGUACGUGCCAGGGGGCUCUGUCGCCGCCAUCCUCCACGCCUUCGGAGCUCUUUCGGAGGAGACGGUGCAGCACUACAGCAUGCAGAUCCUGGAGGGCCUCAGCUACCUUCACGCACACGGCGUGAUCCACCGGGACCUCAAGCCAGGCAACAUCCUCGUCACUGUCGAUGGGUCGUGA